AUGAGCGACCUACGCAUUCACGCGGCACUCUCGCCGCGGGUCGCUGUUCUUUCCAGUCCCGACGUCGACCGCGUUGUGCAGGUCAACGGCAUCCCAGAUCUUCCCACGUUGCUACGGCCUUUCGAGUCUUCCGUCGAGCGCCUUUCGGUACGCACCUCGCAGCUGGAGACUCGCAUCUGCGAUCGCUUCCCGCUUCGCUUCGAUCCCUACUCGCUCUUCAAUCCCGAUGUAGCUCGUACUAUCGGCUCAUCAAGCUCGCAAGCCGCACCGAGACCAUCAGCGGCUGGUCAAUCGCACGAAGAGCUGCUGGAUCGUGUCAACCAUCUGAUCGCGAGCAACAUCAAAAAGUGGGAUGCCCAAGUACCAAGGCUCGGGUCGAACGCAGGACAGGUAGCGGAAGCGCCUCAACAGCAGGACGAAGACGGAGAUGACAAGCCGAAGCGUGGUCAAGCCUUGGACGAGACUUUGGUCAAGCUUCAACAAGGUUCGCUCGAAGAGACCGCACCAUGGUUUGCCGCCGUCCAGGAACUUGUCUUCGCUCAAAGAACGAUAGCAAAGCACGAGACUUUCGGUCAUCCAAUAGCCGUCCUUCUCGCUGUCUCGUCUGCUUCUCCCGAUCCGAUGAACGAUUUCGCCAAGCUGUACGAGGCUGCCACCCAAUCUUCGCCCUUUCCAGCUCAUCCGUACAUCAAUGCAGACACGCUCAAAUAUUACGUGCUCAUUCACGAUGUUCGCACCUCAGGAUCGGAUCUCGCCGCCUCAAAGGAGAUCUUGGAGCAAAUCAAAAAGACGUACGGCCUUCAUUGCUGUCUUCUGCCCAUCAACAGCGCCUCGGACGAUCGAACUGCACCGCUCGCUGAGCUGGCUGCGCUAUGGUCGCCCUAUAUACCCUCGAUGCCAAUGUCACCUGGACCCAGGAGCCUAAACUCUGACUCGAUACCCUCUGAUCUGGCCAUGAUGCUGGACGAGGAGGAUGUCAAGCGCAUCAAGGGCUUCAUUCGCGAGCUCACAGCUCAGUCGAUCGUCCCUUUCAUGGAGAGAUACGUUCAACACACAGGCGAGCACCUUGCCAACUCUCGCAAAGGUCUCACCAACAGGCUAUUUGGCGCCUCUCGAAAGCUUUUCGGCGGCGUUGCAAGUAUCAGUGGGUCCAGCGCCGACAAGAGUGGAUCAUCAGCCGCCGGAGGCCUUUCAACAGCAGGCGGCUACGAUCAGCAGCACGAAUUCUAUCCGCACACAUCCAUCGAGGCUCAGACACGCCGACUUGCCGACUUUGCCUUCACAAUACGAGACUACAAGCUGGCGGCUUCCAUGUACGAUCUCGGACGCAAAGAUUUUGCCAACGACAAGGCGAAUCGGCAUGCCGCAGGGGCGACAGAGAUGUUCGGAUUGUCGCACUUGAUGAUCAUGUUCACCUCACGGUCUGCACCCAUCGAUGUCGACAGCUACUUGGCGCAGGCUUGUUACGAAUACGGUCUGCGAUCGACCGCUCGCGCUAACGAGCCGCUCACCGAAGAAAACCACGCCUUGCGGGCUACGCUGCUCUACUACGAGGCAUACCGCAUGCUGGGAUACUUGCGACCCGCACCGGCCGGCCUGCUGCGCAUGUCGCAAAGAUCGGACGAGGUGCUGGCUCCUCUUCUGCUGGAACAAGCUGCGCUGGCUUGUCUCCAGCUAAGACCUGAACCAUCGCUGCGCAAAUUUGGGCUGUUCAACAUCACCGCUGCUCACAAGUAUCAAGCGUGCGGGCAAAAGGUGCUCUCGCUGAGGUGUUACGCCCAGGCUGCGGUCAUCUACCGCCAAAAGGGCUGGUCUUUGAUUGAGAACCAUCUCGAACACGAGCUUGGCAUGCAAGCCUACAACGACGGCGACUCGGAUGUUGCAGUAGCGCAUCUCAUCAAGCUGAUACGACCAAGUGUCAAUUCGAGCGCCGAACACGAACGCUUCCUCCAAGACGUCCAGACGGCGUACAAGUACUCCGGUCAAGCAGAGCAGGGUGCUGGGAUUGCGGGAUCGAAGACUCUUGCUCUUCCCUUUCCCAUCUUUGACACUGCAAGCGCUGCCUUGCGCUUUGUGCCAGAAUCAAGCGCUUCCGCAACUUCAGCCAUCGAUGAUGCCGUUUGGGACAAGCUGGAACGCGACCUAGUGGAUCAUGGUCUCGGCGAACGCACGCUUCCGGACGGCUCAAAGCAACGACGCAAGAGACCUACGAGCCAGACGUCUACGCAGGCCAGGCAGGUGCCCAUCGAUCAGGUGUUUUGGCUCGAUGUUGCUGUGCGGAAUCCGUUAGCCAUUGAUCUCGCCAUGGACGAUAUCCGUCCGGGCCUGCAGAUCGACGGCCCUAGGUCUAACGACGCAGCUGGCGUCUCACUCAGCGACGAUCAAGUUGAAGUUAACGACGCUGGCAAGAUCGUGCUCGGUCCGUUCGAGCAUCGUCGAGUCAGGGUAGCGCUUCGCGUCAGAGAGGAGUUCAAGAGUCUGCGUAUCGCCAGUGUGGCUUUCAGAUUGGCUGAAACGAUCCAUCUGGUUCAGCACCUGGACAAGAAAGGGCCGCGCCUGAACAGCACGAAGGAGCACAAGACCUCGACCGUCUACGGCCCUGACCUCAGCUUGGCUGUCUCUGUUCAUGGUCCUCGACCAACGCUCACCGCACAGAUCCUCGAUGUCCCGCAGCAAAUGUACGUGGGCGAGCAGGUGCGGCUCAAGGUGCUGCUCAAGAACGAGGGCAGCACACGGAUUGAGGAUCUGCGUGCGUUGUGCGAUCAGCCAGAGUCGGCGACAUUUCAGGCGGAAGGAUCGUCCUCCGUCACGGACAGCGAGGCUUACACGACGUCGAACCACCUUGGCACGACCUCUCCUCAACUUGUGACAAGUGCCCCGCUCGAAGCAGGGCAAGAGCUGGAGAUCGGAGUGAUCGUGCGGCCAUCUCAGUUGGGGAGCGUGAAGCUGGCUUGGCUGCUUCCCUUCUCGUCCGAGGACGGCGAGACGUACCUGUCUCGACUGGCUUUCGCCACGGAAGUUUCGCCUGCCGUACAGCUCAGUGUCAUUACGAGGCCUCAUCGCGGUACGGCGUGCUUGCAUGAAGCCGUGAUCGAAGCGAGGAACUUGUUGACGCACGACGAAGUGGGAAUCGAUUCAAUCUCGAUGCUCGGGCCGCACUGGAAGCUCGCCGGCAGUCUAACGGAGAGAGCACCAGCUAUCGUGAUUGCGCCCCUGCAGAUCUGGCGGGGUCGGCUGCAGAUCGAGGCGGUACAAAGUCAAGGCGAGGACGACAAUAGAGAGCAAUUCACGGCGACGAAACUGCAGGAUCUGCUGCUGAGCAGAGACACUCGUCGACCUCUGCCAUCCGGUGUCAAGGUGCGCGUGUCGCAGCAGUCGUAUGGCUCCCGCACCGACAGCAAGGGUACUCCCACAUGGUCACCCUCGCUCCACGCAGAAGCACGCAAAGUGUGGCGCAUUCGAUCGCUGGCGUCCACCUUCCCUACCAUGACGGCACGCGACCGGCUGGGCGCGUUCACCUCGUGGGAACCUCGAGACCUGGAUGUGGUGCUACACUUCAGUGUCAACGCGGCAGUUUCCUCAUCGAGACGCGUCGGUCAAGCGCAAGUAUUCGGCCUUCAACCUGGCCCACUUCGUAGUCAAAUCCGCGCCAUCACGCAUCCACGCCUCGACGACACGCCAAGCAAAGGUGGACAGGUGCGAAGCCUGUACGCCGAGACGAUCAAGGAGAAAGCGAGUUUGCUGCAAAACAUCCUUUCGAGCCGCAUCAACGCGGAGCAGUGUCCUGCGGUGGUGCACGUCGACAGCGUGCCGUCAUCUGAUGGAGAGAGCACGAGGAGGUACACUUUCGUGGUGCGCAACUUUUCAGAUCGCUACGAGGUCAGUGUCGAGAUUCAGCUGCUGGAUGAGGCGGCUGGCGACGGCUGGGUGGGAAGGAAGACGUUGCGGUGCACGCUGCGUCCAGGGGCCGUGGCAGAGCUGGGAGCAAAGCGGAAAGGAGAGGCCAAGGGAGGUGCGCCACGCUUCGUCGUCGUCACCGAAGCGUUCCUCACGGAUGGUGAGCAGACGAAGGAGUUGAUUGCGCGCUACGCAGAGCAGUACUGA